UCACCCCCAACAUAGUUGUAUCCUUCAAACUCUCUCUAGUCUCUCCCACCUCGUCUUCUCCUUCUCUUUCUCACACAAUUUAGAAGGGAAAAAAAAACAGAAGCAGCAAAAACAUGGGUGUUCUGGACUCUGUUGCGGACUAUCUCUCAGACUUGUUCAUUGAAGCCAAAAAGGCCAGGAGGUCCAAGAAACGCAGACCCAUGCAGACAGUUGAAAUUAAAGUGAAAAUGGACUGCGAUGGCUGUGAAAGGAGAGUUAGACAAGCUGUUUCCAACAUGAAAGGUGCAAGAUCAGUGGAAGUGAACAGAAAACAGAGCAAAGUAACAGUGACUGGGUACGUGGAUCCAAACAAGGUGUUAAAGAAAGUGAGGAGCACAGGGAAGAGAGCAGAGUUGUGGCCUUAUGUGGAAUACAACUUGGUUGCAUAUCCAUACGUUGCUCAAGCUUAUGAUAAGAGGGCACCGUCUGGUUAUGUUAGGAAUGUUGUUCAAGCACUACCAAACCCUAAUGCACCAGAAGAGAAGCUCACUACACUCUUCAGUGAUGAAAAUCCUCAUGCAUGUUCAGUUAUGUAGGCAAAACAUAAUUCACCAUGUACGUAUGUAGAAGCUAGAGAUCUGCCAUAUAUGGAUUAAUUAGGCAUAUUAAGAUUUAUUAGUGAUAUUUUGUAUUGUGAGAUAGGCGUGUUGGGUUCUUUACAUAAUUUUGAUAUGUAGGUUUGUCAAAGAUAUUGUUAUAUAUUACUUUAAUAAUAGGGCUAUCUAUUUUGUGUAUAUUAGAAAAUUCGCUUAAACAUUACAAAUUAA